AUGGUGUUCUCCGGCAAGGGGGAUUCGGUUCCCAAUAUGCGGGGGGUCUCCUCCCUGGUUCAGAAAUGGAGAGACUUCGAGGCAGAGGUCAAGUGCGGUGGCAGGAACAACUCUGCUUCCGCCUCCGCCUCGGCAUCCGCGUCUUGCUCCCCCUCGCCCUCCCCUUCUCCCUCAUUCACCGCAUCUCAGGUUCAGGUUCAGGACACCCCUGCAGCAGCCGUUGUUACCACCGUCGAUACCAACAGUGACCAGCAGGAAGACCCUUUCGAGGAGGAUUGGGAAACAUAUGACAGGACAGCCGUGACUGGGCCCCCUUCCUCUCGCGGGAGGGAGUCUGACGCCACCGAGCGCGAGCGCGAGAGGCUCAGGGUCGUCGACAUCAUCAGAAAACUGACAGAGGAUCCUCGCUCAUCAUCAUCAUCCGCCUCCAGCACUGCUGCCGCCGCCGCCGCCGAUACUGCUGUUGCUGACUCCGCCGCCUCGCCUCAACCCCCUCUUCUGCCGCUCCUGGGUUCCCCGAGGAUCAGGGGACGCCAGGCAUACCAUGACCUGCUGAUACAGAUGGAGGGCGACAGGCGCAAAGAACUUGACGGGCUCGUGGGGCGUAAGGCUGUUUCCAAGUUUUCUCACCGAGGCCGCAUUCAGGCCGUGCUUCGAAUCAAAUUCCUGCGCCGUGGCAUUGAAGCUACCGAAGAUCGGCAUUCAAUUAACACACUAUCGCAUUCUAGUUCGCACAAAGCCAUGCAAGCUGCUGCCAAUCCACAUUCCAGGGAAAGACUUGAUCCAAGCAUUACAGGUGGUUCCGUCCACUCUGGCCGCCGCGGCCACAAAGAACUGACCGAGAUUGCCCCUUCCACGCCAGCAGCCAUCUUUGCAGCCACUCCACUUGUACAAGGAAAUCAAUGCCAGCAAGUAAUUCACUCAAAAAUUCGUCUUGGAGUUGGGGAAAAUCACGAUCCAGGCUCAGAAAUCUUUGUCUUUUCUGAGGAAAAUAAUAUUGAACACAGCUCUUCCAAACUCGCUGAAAACGUGACACGUAAUAAUGAUGAGGCAAGUAAGUUGUCCGCGUUUAUGAGUGAAAGAGGCGGCACAGAGAUUGGGAACCAUAGGUCAGUUGAAUCUGUAAAGAAGGCUAGGACCAGCUUCCACGAUAUAAAUAUGAUCCAAUCGGGAGAGAUGGCCGAGUCCCGCCGCGAUAUCGAACUCAAGGUCCAUAGCCAAGAGAGGAAGACCGUGGAUCAGCGGGCUGUGAAAAGCAGAUACGAUUUGAUCGGCGAUGGUGACCGGUGUGAUCAUCCCCCAAGUUACCUGCAGGAGGAUGAAUCGGGCAGUAACCAGGAAUUAAUGGCAGAAACUGCUACAUUCUGGGUAAGCCAUGUUUCUUCUAAUCCUGAAGUUGGAUGGGAAGAGUUUCAGGGUGAUUACCAGCAGCAGCAGCAAGAAGCACGAAGCUAUAGAGAUUGGAUUGAUGAGGUAUCUCGGCCUCGCAGCGACUGGGAAUAUCUCAGGCAAGAGAGAUAUCAGGAGAUGCUUGAUCCUUUCUCAGACAACGAAGAAAUCAGGGUGCUGCUUGGAAGGAGGAGCGUCUCAACCUUUCUGUCCAGCGGUCUGAGAGAGGAAAUCGAUCGGGUGAUGAUAUCACGUGCCCAAGGACAGAAGACGCCACAGAAUAAGAGGUCGCUGCGGGGAGAUCAAAAGCAUGCUGAUGAGAAGCCAUUUUGCGCAGAGAGAUUACUGGAGGAAGGAGAAGAGAUUGACAGAGUGGGUGGGCAAGAAGAGGAGGAGGAGGAGGAGGAGGAAGACUAUUUCGAUGGAUAUGAAGAAGCGGGGAGCACAGUUGGGCAACAGUAUAACGAGUCCUCGGAUGAUUACAUGGAUUAUAUUGCAGCAGCAGCAGAAACAUAUCAAGGCCGCGAAUCAAGCGAUUGCUCUUAUCAUGCUCCAUCUCCUCCUCCUCCUCCUCCUCCUCCUUGUACACAACACUCCUCGUCGUCCAUUUGGUGCCGUGAUCAUAACAAUUACAACGGGACUAACUCUGCCCAAUCUGCGAGUGUCGUACAGGAUAUGGAGCUGAUAUACGAUUUGAGAAGGCACAUGGAGCAACUGCGUCAAGAGAUGUCUCUGCUGAGAAGAUCAAUUAAAUGUUGCAUGGAUAUGCAGAUCAAAUUGCAAGGAUCCAUCCCCACAUCUCUGGAUCAUUCAGAUGCAAAGAACGGGCGAGUGAUCAAUUCAGUGAAGAAGGGUAAAGGAGAGAGGAGAUGUUGUGUCUGCUGCAAGAUGCAGGAGGUUGAUUCUCUUCUGUACAGGUGCGGGCACAUGUGCACCUGCUAUGGUUGUGCCCAGGAGCUACAGCUGCGGAGUAGGAAAUGCCCCGUCUGUGCUGCUCCCAUUGUGGAUGUUAUCCGAGCCAAACUAUAUUCUUGCAAUUACUCAACUCAACUCAACUGAACUGAGUCAACCG